AUGCCGGCGAAUGAAGAUGGGGCCACCCGCCGCGGAGGGCGACGUAAAAGGCUAAAGGGUGGCUGCAGAUUACGCGAGGGCACCGAGCGGACACCGAAAAGGGUGCAAAAAAGACCACACCCCCCAGGAGAGGGGGGGGGGGGGGGGACAAAAAGCCAGCCCACCGCAGAAAAGACUUGGGGGGGGGGGGUGGGACCCCGGACGAGCGAGAAUUCGGGCCCCGGAUAUAUACCGGGGUGUUGGCCAGGGGGGGGAGUGGCCAUAGGUAUCUAUAAUUUCUGGUGGGUACCGGCGGCAGCCGGGGGGGGGGCUCACACCAUCCCUAUAAUGUAUAUGGGGGGGGGUUUGAAGUGUGGGGGGGGGGGGGGGGGUGGGAAUUAUCAACAAUAUCAAACAAACCGACCUGACUCCACUGGGGGGGGGGGGGGGGGGGGGACCCGAGGGUGGCCAUGGGGGGGGGGGGGGGUGGGGGGGGGGGGGGGGGGGGGGGGGGGGCAGACACACGAAGUGGGCGGGAAAGGAAUCCCGGGCGGAUCCACGCAAACUGGGGGGGGGGGUGGGGGGGGGGGGGGGGGGGGGGGGGGGGGGGGGGGGGGGGGGUGGGGGGGGGGGGGGGGGGGGGGGGGGGGGGGGUUCACACACUCUAUAUAUACCGAGUACGGGGGGGCACACACUGUGGGACCACACACACCCCACCAUUGGGGGGGGGGAAGGAGUGGGGGGGGGGGGGGGAAUAGUGUAGGGGGGGGGGGGGGGGGGGGGGGAGUUGUAAAUUGGGGGGGUGGUAUAUUUAAGGUUAAUAAAAUUGGGGGGAUUUUUUAUGUGGGGGGGGGGGGGAAGGGGGGGGGGGGGGGGGGGGGGGGGGGGGGGGGGGGGGGGGGGGGGGGGGGGGGGGGGGGGGGGGGGGGGGGGGUGGGAGGGUUUUAUAAUAUACGCCGGGCCACAGGAGGCUGGGGGGGGGGGAGGGAGGGGGGGUGGGUGGGGGGGGGGGGGGGCGGAAAAUAG